ACAAACAUUACGUAAGAAAUGUAAAUAUCCAGAGCUGGUAUAAUUACACAUUUUUCAAACACGUAUUUACUAAAUUACAAAACAGGAGUUUUAGUGUAGAAUGCGCCUAGAACCAUGAAAUUUAUCUAAACUCUAAAAUUGAGUUCGUAAAUAUCCUAGCUCAGUGCACUUCUAUUUUUCUAAUUAUCUUAUCCCACAAUUUACACAAUUUAAAAAAUUACAACUACUACCUAACCUCUGCACAUUAAUCGACAACAUAACUGCAAGACGAAACAUCCCUAAUCACCACAUCUCCCGUCUUAAGGAGCGGCGGCGACCGCUAGUCAUAUAGUAGCCGGCGCACGCGCAUCCCGUGGAACCGAGCGCGAUCCAAAAAUACCAACCGACCCGGCCGACGCGAUGCCCUGACUAAACAAAGACAACCAAAUAUUACAAACUAGUCUAUAUUCCUGUUUCUCUAGUGCUGUGACAGUGUUAUGGUGCGAUGUCGCCGACAGCUAUCGGCGCCGACCUGCCCCAGUGGUGCGGCAAGACGGAGAGCUGCCCGCAAGCUCUGCUCGGCUGGCUGUACUUGACUCACGAUCAGAACGAUCAGUGGGUGCCGGGCUCAGUAUGGGGUCCGUUGCCGACAGCGGCGCCGGGCUCCGCAGCACCGCCGGCAGAUGACACCAGCUCGCUGGCGGAGCAGCUGGCGGCGCUGUCACUGCGGCGACCUCCGCGCCCCCCGCCGCCCGCCUACAUGUGCCACCUCUGCUUCAAGAAGGGACAUUAUAUUGGAGAUUGCCCUCAGGCACGUCCAAAAGGCGAGGGUUUGACUCCGUACCAGGGCAAGAAGAGGUGCUUCGGCGAGUACAAGUGUCCGAAGUGUAAGCGCAAGUGGAUGAGCGGCAACUCGUGGGCGAACAACGGCCAGGAGUGCAUCAAAUGCCGGAUCAACGUGUUCCCACAUAAGCAGAGGCCUCUGGAGAAGCCAGACGGGCUGGACGUGAGCGACCAGUCCAAGAUCCAUCCCCAGCACCUGUGCCAGAAGUGCCGCUCGCUCGGCUACUACUGCCGCCGCGAGUACUAACCAGCUAACCUGCGAAUCUAGGAAGUAAUGGUGCUGAAGAUACUGCACGAUUCAGUCUCAAUUUAUACGAAAAUUAAUUUUGAAAACGAAUAUUUUAUAAUAUAGGUUGAUAUACUUUUGAACCCGACAUUUAAAGUAUCAUACAUAAAAGUAGAGCUAUCACAAAUCUAGAGCUAAAUAAUGCUUAUUUGGUUGUGUUGUUUUGUAUGAUUGACUGUAAUGAAAAUCAAUUCAAGACAAAUUUAUUUUUGCUGGUGGUGGAAAUCGGAACUAUAAUUUUAUCGUACAAACUUGCCAGCUCUUGAAGUGUUUUGCUGCUAGCGCUACCAUCGCCGGCAAAGAGAUAAUGGUAGCUAAAAACCAUAAUGAUUUGUGAUCAGAAUGGAAGUGAUCUUAAGACUUCCUGGGUUACGUAGUCCAGAUCUUCAAAACCGAAGUCUAAAGCAUCACUAUUUUCUUGGUAAUUUUAAUUCUACAUUUAUUUUUACUUAGAGUAUGUACCAAUUAAAAUUGGUGUGGUUAAAUAAAUAUAAUUUGAACAUAAUCCAACAAAUUACAUUUCUUAAACUACGUU